CUCAUAUGAAGAAAAGCUUCUUUGCCAUCAGCUCUGAGACUGGACGUCCUUCAGGAUGAAUGGAACCUUCAGAUCAGUAUCUCUGGUGUGGGUGGUUUUGUCGGGCUGUCUGUUCUUCUCCAGCAGACGGACCAGCGUGUGUGCAGCACCCAUCUGUACCAAUGGCAAGGCUGGGUGCCACGUCCUCUCUCUCGCUAACCUGUUUGACCGGGUCAUCCAACACUCAGCCAGGAUUCACGGCAUUUCAAGUGACCUUCACUCUGAGUUUGAGCAGUACUUCCUGCCCAGUAAGAAUCAAAUUGGCCGGGUGGGUCGCAUCUGUCACACCUCUACCAUCAUCACGCCCAAUGGCAAGGAGAACGCUCAGAGAAUGGCGAGAGGGGAGCUGACAGAGGUGAUCCUGAAGCUCCUGGUGGCAUGGAGGGAUCCUCUGUGGCAUUUCCAUCAGAGCAUGGCUCACCACCACGACUUCAACAACUUCAGCUCCAACAAAGCUCUCGAGAUGAAUGACAUGGUGCACGAGCUUCGCCAGGGUGUAGAGAAAGUGGCAGAGAAGAUGCAGGUGCAGGGGAUAAUCAGUAACUCUGUCAGCAGCCUGGCUUCUCCCGAGGAUUUAUUGCCUUCAGACAGUGUCGAAUGGCAGCUGAUGAAAGACUACGUCCUGCUCUACUGCUUUCGCCGAGACUCCAAUAAGGUCCAGAACUACUUGAAGAUCCUCAAGUGUCGCAUAGUUCCCGAUCAUGGAUGCUAGGAGGCCGGGAAAACAAUGUGUUUAACUUCGGGAAUAUCAACGCGUUUGAAUGGAAAUGCUUGUUUUUUUUAUCUGCAGGAUGUUAACUGACCCAUUAUGACUGAAAUUCAACUGAGACUUAAAGACUCUGCCCGUCCUCCACUUCAUGCCUGGUGUUAUGUUAAUUGAGUUAGGUAUGGACAUGAUGGAAUGAUUGUUCUGCUGGUUAUAAUAGACUCCUGCAUCAUUCGUAAAUAUAUAAAUGAAUGAAUGGAGUCUUUCUCUCUCCCUCGCACCUACAUUUACAGAAGAUAUACAUAAAACCACAAAGAAAGAGGAUUCCUGAGCAGAAUUCAACAUGUAUUCUCAUGUGAGAUUUUCAGAUAAAUAUUUGUGUUGCGUGUCUGUGAGGAAACUGCGACCAAAAGUCCACUGAAAAUGAGCACUUUCUGGAAUUCUUCCCCAGAAAUCCAAAAGGUAAUAAA